CUUUGGAUGAUUUGGCAGCCAACAAGAGCAAUGAACUACAUUUCUCAGUCUGCAUUUCUAGGAGAAUUCUGGGAAGUGUGGCAGAGGCAGCCAUGGUCUAGGGAAGGGAAGUCCAAUGUCCCAAGAACAUUUGGAAUUUCCUGGUUUCUGCUGUUGCUGAGGCCUAGGAAGGUGCUCCCCAACAUAAUUCAGAGACCUGACAAUGUGGAAUUGUGGAAUUGCUUGCUGGAGAAAAUCUUUUUUGUGCUAUAGGCUGAUGUCAACCUAUGUCACUAAAACCCGGUAUUUGUUUGAACUGAAGGAAGAUGAUGACGCAUGUAAAAAAGCCCACCAGACAGGAGCAUUUUACCUCUUUCAUAGCCUGGCUCCUUUGCUUCAGAAAUCAGACCAUCAAUAUCUGGCCCCCCAACAUAGCCUAUUAGAAUUGGAAAGUCUCCUGGGUAAGUUUGGACAGGACACACAAAGAAUAGAAGACUCUGUGCUGAUUGGAUGCUCUGAACAGCAUGAAGCACGGUUUGCUUUGGAUCUAGGUCUAACUAGCUCCUCUUCCAUAAAUGCUUCCUUACAGAAACCUGAAAUGGAGAUAGAGCUCAAGGGGUCUUUCAUUGAGCUGAGGAAGGCUUUCUUCCAGAUGAAUGUGAAGGAUGCCUCCUUCCUAUCCAUGGCUCAGGCUCUUCUCCGUUGGCAUGAUGGUCACCAGUUCUGCAGCAGAAGUGGGCAGCCCACCAAGAAGAAUAUGGCUGGCAGCAAGCGUAUGUGCCCUUCUAACAAGAUCAUCUAUUAUCCACAGAUGGCUCCUGUGGUGAUCACUCUGGUGUCAGAUGGGACUCGAUGCCUACUUGCCCGCCAGAGUUCCUUUCCCAAGGGAAUGUAUUCUGCAUUGGCAGGUUUUUGUGAUAUAGGUGAAAGUCUGGAAGAGGCUGUACGGCGUGAAGUUGCGGAGGAGGUGGGAUUGGAGGUGGAGAGACUGCAAUACUCUGCAUCCCAGCACUGGCCCUUUCCUAAUAGCUCACUCAUGAUUGCUUGUCAUGCAACUGUGAAACCGGGGCAGACAGAGAUCCAGGUGAACUUGAGAGAACUAGAGGCAGCUAGCUGGUUCAGUCAUGAAGAGGUGGCUGCCGCUCUGAGGAGGAACAACCCAUAUACUCAGCAACAGAACAGGACUUUCCCAUUCUGGUUGCCCCCCAAGUUAGCCAUUGCCCACCAAUUAAUUAAGGAGUGGGUAGAAAAACCAAGCUAUUCUACCCUGCCUGCUUAGCUCAUAUCUAGCCACUCAGAUCUCACCACAGUUUCCUGGAGGGGCAUUAUGGAUGUCAGCUGAUAAAGGGGAGAUGACAAAAGGCCAUAUCCAAGUCAAUCUUUUAAUAAGGCAGAGCAGAAGGUGCACCUAUAGCAGGACACCUUUAUCAGCAGUGUUAAUGAAAGAAGUUCCUACUCAAAGCAAUCGAAAAAUGCCAAAACCGAGGAGAAAACAAUUGUCAAAUGAGAGGGAAGGUGGAAACAUUCAUUUGGAUGUAGGCCCUUGUUCACCCAUUUUUAACUGGGACUUGGAAGCAAACAUCUUUUGGCAUGUAUCUUGUUAAAUAAUGAUGGGUUUAUACUAACUGCAAAAAUGUACCUGUUUUGGUUAAAACUUUUUUUAUCUUAGUAUUGAAAAUAUACAGCAAAUUUCAACCCACUAUUGAGUUACUUUUUAUCUUCACAAAAUUAAGAAAAAUAGCACAAAAUAAUAUUGUAAAAUUUAUGUAGUUAUUUGGUACACAGUAGUUAAAUAGAAGUCAUAUUUCUUUAAGUUACUUGAUGAGAUGAUGAAAGUGGGAGCCAGGGUCUUCCUCACUCAAAGUACACUAUAAUCAGAUGCAGAAAUGUUCUGUUCAGGUAACUGCAUCCCAGUGGAGCUCAAGGUAUAUCCUUUUUUUUUGCUGCUGUUACUUGCUCAGUUUGUGACCCAAGGAAAAGAUGAUCACUUUGCCAUUUCUGUUUUCCUCAGCGUAAAAUGGUUGCUGCCAUUUGUACACUCAGUAACUUCAACUAAGAGAUUAAUGAGGAUGAACCACUUCUUGUGUUUUAAUGGAAUAAACCAAAUUUAGGAUUUCCUGUCAUUCAUAUUUACCAUUCUAUACCUUGUCAUAGGGGAGAAGAAUUUAUCUGGAAGAAAUAAAAUAAAUUUCCACACCUCUG